CGCAUGCGGAUGGCUGCUUUGGUGUCCGGCUCCCAUAAAUCUUCAUUAUGUACGCCUUGUCGUUUUCAUUGUUGUCCCCACCAUCCUAUAACUGAAAAGGAAAAACAUAAACAAUCUCUGUCCCUCUUUUCUCUGUCAACGGAAAGACGAGGAUGUUGAUCGUGAAUGCCCUAGCCCUGGCCAGGACCAUGUUCUCCAUUAAUGAUAUCGUUUUCGAGCCUGAUGACAUUGAGUUUGGGAAUGUUUGGUGGUUCGUUUAUGCCGGUGUGUCUUGCCUGCUUGUACUCUUCGCCGGAAUUAUGUCCGGCCUUACGUUGGGCUUGAUGUCUCUAGGCCUUGUGGAGCUCGAAAUUCUACAGAGAAGCGGCUCCUCCACUGAGAAGAAGCAAGCUGCUGUUAUAAUACCAGUGGUUCAGAAGCAACACCAACUUCUUGUAACUCUGCUUCUCUGUAAUGCUUGUGCUAUGGAGGCCCUUCCUAUAUGCCUUGAUAAAAUCUUUCAUCCUUUUGUUGCUGUUCUGCUAUCUGUUACUUUUGUCCUUGCUUUUGGGGAGGUAAUUCCACAAGCAAUUUGUUCGAGAUAUGGACUGUUUGUUGGUGCCAAUUUCGUUUGGCUAGUGCGUAUUUUGAUGAUCAUCUGCUAUCCCAUUGCUUAUCCGAUAGGGAAGAUUCUGGAUGCUGCACUAGGACACAGUGAUGCUUUGUUUAGACGAGCUCAGCUUAAAGCACUUGUCUCUAUCCAUGGCCAAGAGGCUGGCAAGGGGGGUGAACUCACACACGAUGAAACAACAAUUAUCAGCGGAGCACUAGAUCUAACUGAAAAGACUGCGGAGGAGGCUAUGACACCUAUUGAAUCCACAUUUUCUUUAGAUGUCAAUUCAAAAUUGGACUGGGAAGCAAUUGGAAAAAUUCUUGCUCGAGGUCAUAGUCGUGUUCCUGUCUAUUCUGGAAGUCAAAAGAACAUUAUUGGGCUCCUUCUGGUGAAAAGUCUGUUGACAGUUCGGGCAGAAACAGAGACUCCAGUCAGUGCAGUAUCCAUCAGAAGGAUUCCUAGGGUUACAUCAGAUAUGCCUUUGUAUGAUAUACUCAAUGAGUUUCAGAAGGGAAGCAGCCAUAUGGCAGCUGUAGUGAAGGUUCAUGCAAAGAGCAAGAAAUUCAAUAAUAGCAAAUUUGCCAAUGGAGAUUCUGAGUUAAACACACCCUUGUUAAACAAGCAUGAUGAUAAAUCAGAAAGUGUCAUCAUUGACAUUGAGAAAGCUGCAAGGCCUACCACAAUCAAGGAAAAUCUAACUCUUGAACCAAAUGGUGUAGCUACAAACAUGAUGCCUCAUUUGUCAGAGGAUAUUGAAGAUGGGGAAGUCAUUGGUAUUAUCACAUUAGAGGAUGUUUUUGAAGAACUUCUGCAAUUUCUUUAUGCACCAAAUUUCCAAAAUGAAAAUGUUUGGUGUUUUUUUUCGCGCAAUAUUAUGCAGGAGGAAAUUGUGGAUGAGACAGAUGUAUAUGUAGAUGUACAUAAAAGGAUUCGUGUGGCAGCUGCUGCAGCUGCUUCUUCUGUUGCACGAGCACCAUCCAAUCGAAGGUUGUCUGGUCAAAAGCCUGCAGGAGGACAAGGUAAACAGAACAAUAUCCCAAAGAAGUCUGGAGGAUAAUUGCUGUCAAUCGAGAGUUCUACCGAAUCUAACAAGAGUCACCUGUGCCAGGCAAUAAGAGGCGACUGCGUGAUUCCAGUUAGGCAAUUAAACAGCAGCAGUUUCCAAUGUUUUAUUUCUGUUCCACUGGAGCCUCUGUAAUCAGUGUGAAUGGCCAUUUGUAAUUUUGAAAAGGAGUUAGGUCGACCACCUUGCAGUAUCAUGUCUCACUCUUUCUCUCUGUAUACUCAAUCUUUGUCCACAGUAAAUUUGAAAAUGGACAUGAAUAUGAAAAUUCUGUGUAGUGUCCUGUGUUUGGUAAUGUCACAUGCAUAGUCUCAGUUAGGUAGCGUCCUGUGUUAUGUUGGUCAAAUAAUAUUGUAAAGAAUUUGAGUCUUUAAACACUUUUUAAAUGAGUAACUUGUUUCUUUACGCGAA